AUGGACGAUCUUGGUGAUCAGGAAGAUUUAAGGAAGGUUUCAAUGGCCAAUGCCUUUCCAAGCAUACCCGAGAAGCCAUCCAAUAUGUCGUACUUCAAGCGACCCUUUGAUAUUGCCCCGCAGCUUCCCAUGGAGCCUACCGCUUCUGGUAGACGCCCUCGGGCGGACACAAUGCCUUCACAGUCGACAGCUUUCCCUUAUACUCCGACCAACCUUGACUUUAAUCCUAGCAGACCAGCCAUCCCUGUUAGUUCAAGACAACGUUCGGGCUCUGUGACCCAUUCGUCACCGCUUGGCUCGUCUAUGUUUCGAUCCGCAUGGAUGGACAUUGAUGCUUCUAUGGGCUUCGUUCCAUCAUUGCAGUCUCCUUCUAGUGAUAUCUUGGAUGAAGAGCGCUCGGGAACCAUCGCGAGUACAAUGGCAACAUUGGGUUUGGAUGACGAUAAGGAUAUGAGAUCGAACGAUUCAUUACCCUCCGGUGGUUAUCAUCACGCUACUCUUCAAGCAAGGCCGAACACAAUGAACUCGGACGGUUUGAACCCCCAUCAUAUAUUAAUGAAUCAUCAAAACACCAUGAGGAGUCGUGCCUACACCACAUCAGCCAAACCGCAGCUGUCUUCGCACCCAGAGAUUUACCUGCCAACGUCGCAACCCUCUGCUCCCUCAAGAUUCCAGCCAUUUGCUCCGACUUCGAAUCGACCCCGCGCUAUCAGUCUUGGCAUGGCAGAUGCCACCAUUGAAGGUCCUACGGUUACACCAAACCGGGACCCGGUGAUGAAUCCCGGAUCGUUCUGGCCAACUGAUAUGGCCAGGCAAAGAAACUUACGUGGAUCUACCAGCUCUGGAAACCUCUCUAACUUGGCCUCCGCUCAUCACCACGAAUUUAGCUCCUCUGACCGUUUCUUGCCCAUUCGGAAUGACCUCGCCGAUCAAUGGACCGAGGAGUUGUACCACAACAACCGUCUUUUUGAGACGACUGGUGCUACACAACCGUUGUCAGCUCAAACCCCCACACGGUCUCUCUGGUUUGGUAACGUGGAUCCAGCUCUCACUGUGCCCGAGUUGAUGCAAAUUUUUUCUCCCUACGGACCUAUCGAAAGUGCUCGCGUACUGCCUGACAAAGAAUGCGCCUUUGUUAACUUUGUCAAUUUGGAUGAUGCUCUGAGAGCCAAAGACGAUUUUGGCUCAAGCUUGGCCAGUAGUCUUGGAGGAUCUUUCGUAAAAGUUGGAUUUGGAAAACCUGAAGUGGCCACGGCUGCUUCAUCCAACAAUGACAUGAACAAUACUGUACAAGGUCCUACUCGUGCUUUGUGGAUUGGCAAUCUACCCUCCAGUACAACCGCAACCAUGCUUCGUACGGUGUUUUCCACCUUUGGCGUCAUCGAAUCAGCUCGUAUUCUGGCUCAUAAAAACUGCGGUUUUGUCAACUUCGAUUCGCAAGACGAUGCUAUCAGAGCCAAGAAGGCUUUGCACAAUGUUGAGAUUAUGGGUCCUGGUACUGGCGCUGUUCGUGUCGGUUAUGCAAAGGUGCCAACGAAGUCUACCAACGGCUCACCUUCACCUGUCAUGGAGAACGCUGCUUUGGAAGAUGUCAGUCAGAAAUCUCCAUGGCAAGCUGGUGAAAGUGGCAACCAACCCAAUGACGCCUAUCAAGCACAAAUGCUUAUGGUCAUGCUGAUGGCUGAGAUGGCUGGUGCUAAUAGUGCUGCUUUGACUGCCAAUGCCAUUCAGGAGCGCAAGAAGAUUUUCAAGGAUUUAGACGAUAGCGCCGAAGAACCUGUUUUUGAAGAACGAGCUGUCAUCAAUUAUGCUGCCAGUAUCCCUGCUGUAUCCGAAACUGCCACAGGUAGAAAACUGGAAACUGCCCGUCUACGUGAAAUGAGAAAACGUCUGGAUAGCGGUAAUUACUCGCAAGACGAGAUUGAAGCUAUGGGUUUAGAAUGCCUACCGGAUGUUGUUGAACUGUGUAGUGAUCACAUUGGCAACACUGUCAUACAAAAAUUGUAUGAACGAUGCAGUAGCGAGAUCAAGGACGCUAUGUUGGAAAAAGUGGCUCCCUACUUGGCUUCCAUCGGUGUUCAUAAAAAUGGUACUUGGGCUGCUCAAAAGAUCAUUGACAAGUCUACGACUGACAAACAGAUUGCUCUUAUUUGUCACCACUUGGCAAAGUAUGUGCCAGCCUUAUUCCUCGAUCAAUUUGGCAACUAUGUCGUCCAAUGUUGUUUACCGCUUGGAUCGGGACGCAACCAAUUCAUUUAUGACGCCAUCGUUGACCGUUGCUGGGAAAUCGCUCAGGGAAGAUUUGGAGCCAGAGCCGUUAGGGCAACAUUGGAGAGUCAGUACACCAGUGAUUGGCAACGCAAAUAUGCCGCUGCUGCGAUUGUGCAAAAUGCUCCUCUUCUAAUUAUAAACCCUAACGGUGUUCUUCUUCUCAACUGGUUGUUGGAUACAUUGGAGUCGCCUGGUCACUUCAAGGUCCUUUUACCUCAAGUGUUACCUCACCUGCGUCAUUUGGCCGUUCAAAAAAUUGCAUCUAGCGUCUUAUACAAAAUGAUCAACCAGCAGGAGGAUCUUGAAACACAACAAGCCAUUAUAGAGGGAGUAUGCGAAUCCAUGGAAAGCAUUCUUGCCGAUACGGCACAAGGAGUUCCGUUCGUUCAGAAGAUCAUGACCAGCGUCCAUGUCAAUCAAGAUGGACGUCAGCAUGUAGCUCGUAUCGCUCGCAAUGCUCUUGUUAAAGCCAAUCUACAAGAUACUAUUCAAUAUCGCCGUCUUGUUGAAGAUAUCAUCAAUACUAUCGGCGACGAGCCAUUUGUAGAUAACUAA